AUGGCGGUCCCUGACAUUCGGUUACAUCAAGGUACUCCACAGCCUACCCAAGCACAGGUCCAGGGAACAGCGGCGUCAUCAUCCCAGUCUCCCCUUCUUACCCAAAGAGGAGGAGAAGGAGGCCAUGUAUCAGAGAUCGAUCCAGGCCUGCUGCCGAUCAACUGGCCAAAACACGUCAAGUACCUCGUUGACUAUGAGUAUCAUCCAUCUAUCCCUACAUCAGUCCUCGACCUUGUCCAAGGUAGACGACGCAAACUGUUCGAGCGAGCCAACAACCACGCGGCCGGAGGAAGACUCAAGUUGCCAGAAGGCCCGGAUGACAAGAAGGAAGAACAGGAGGAAGAGGAAGUGAGGGAUGAGCUGGAGGUAGAGUAUGAUGAUAUUCCUUUGGGGCAUGCGAUCCCGGGGUAUCUGCCGCCGGUGCCAUUGUCGGGUCGUCCGAGGACUGUACCCUCCGUAUCUGUAUCAGCCAUGGAUCUGUCAUCGUCCCUUUUAGCUGCUGUCAACCUAGCAGACCCACAACCGACCAUCGCCUUCUCGCCGGCUGUCAGCGCUCCUAAAGCGCCGUCGUCACCCUCCUCGAACCAUGACCCCUCACUUCCCUCUUUAAGCACCACCCCUCAGGAUCAGUCGACAACGACCAUUCAACAACAACAACAACAACAGCGACCACCAUUGUACGAAAUCCGAUUGAUCACCGGCCCAGCCACACACCCAGUCCUGGGCUCCUACGGUCUCUUCGCCACAAGAAACCUCCGCCCCGGCACGCAUCUCCUCGACUACAUCUCUCUUGUCGUCCCUGACGAACACGCAGACCCGGAUUCAGACCACACCCUCUACCUCUCCAACGACCUCAACCUCGACGCCUCGGCCCACGGCAACCAUGGUCGAUUCGUCAACGAUUUCCGAGGGAUCCGAACUCAAUCUCAAGGGCCCAAUGUCGGGUGGGAUUUGUAUCGGGAUGCGGAGACGGGACAGGUGAGGAUGGGGUGUAAGGUGUUGAAGUUUAUUGGAAGGGGGGAGGAGAUUGUUUGUACUUAUGGCAAAGCUUAUUGGAAGUCGAGGGGUGUUCCAGUCCAGGGGGAGGAGUGGGAGGAUGGGUGGGAUACUGAUCCGGAGGAUGGUAAGGAUGUUCCUAGUGAGAUUGACGACCACGACGACGAACAAUAA